ACCCCGAAGUCACCAACCUACCACUGCGUGAACAGAAGGAGUGUUUAAUUCGGUGAUAAGACGGUAAACAAAUAUCGCCACGAUGGUCAGGUCAACACAGAUUGCCAGAAUUGAUGGCUUGAUGCUGGCGGCAUCGGUGGAUGAUGAGCAGGCUGAAGUGGAGCUCUCUGAGAUCAAGUCUCAGGCUAAGAUGAUCUUUCGCCGAUUGAAUCGCAAUUCGGCGCCGCAAGCCAGUAUUGAAUCCGGUCAAUUUAAUCUACACUAUCUUAUCAAGGAUGAUAUCUGCUUCCUUUGCAUAUGCGAUCACUCCUAUCCGCGCAAGCUUGCGUUCACCUAUUUGGCCGAUCUUGCAACCGAGUUCACUACCACAUAUUCCCCGACACAAUAUCAAUCCCCGACUCUGCGCCCAUAUGCCUUUGUGGAAUUCGACACCUUCAUUCAGCGCACCAAGAAGCUCUACCAGGAUAGUCGCGCGUCGCAAAAUCUCGACCGUCUGAACGAUGAGCUCCGGGACGUGACAAAGGUGAUGACCAAGAACAUCGAGGACCUUCUAUACAGAGGCGAUAGCUUGGAGAGAAUGGGUGAAUUGUCGGGCCGUCUACGAGAAGACAGCAAGAAGUACAGAAAGGCCGCGGUACGGAUCAACUGGGAGUUGUUGGUCAAACAGUAUGGUCCUGUCGCGGGUGUUGGGUUUAUCUUUCUUUUCCUCAUUUGGUGGCGCUUCUUUUAAUUGCGGGCAAAACGGCUCCGAACUCGAUACCCGCUAAUAUGAUUGUAUGCAUAGAUAAUGUCUCUGGUGGUUGCAGGACACCAUCCCCCUAA